AUGUCGGAAUCCUGCCCACCGCAAGAUUCCCUCAUCGACAAGGGUAUAAGAAAACUGCUCUUAUCGAACCGAUUUCUGGAAGUGCAACUUCCGGACUUCACGAAUAGUGCAGCAGAUGAAUAUGGUUUUAGCAUAGGCUUUUCUGACGCCCGACUUCGGGGACUGAACUCCAUAAGAAGAAGUGGCCAUGGCUAUAUCACUGCUGACAACGACGGAUCCAAGCUUAAUUUACAUAUCGAAGGAGGACCCGUAGAAGUCGCUUGCGUAGCCAGAUUCAACUCGUCUUUCCUGCGACACAGCCUUGGCGUAGCCGUAUACGUGCCCAACUUUCGGGCUUCACUCAGCGCUGAAGAGCCAUCACCAAACCAUCUUCGUCUUCAGGUCUACGGAAUGCGCCUGUCUAGAAUACGGCUGCUGCUGAACAAUGCGAGCUUCAGCGGUUUCAUCUACGACUACAUCAUCGACUACCUGCGCCCGUACAUUGAAGCAAAAGUUGCUCAACUGCUCGCUCAGGAACUGCGGCGAAUCGCUGCUGAGACACUUAAAACGGUCCGGGUCACAACCGCCAUCAACGAGCAAGAAGACAUCUUCGCAGAGGAGUCGACGCUGAGUCGCACGUGGACAAAGGCCCUCGGCAGUGCCGCUAGCUACCUCGCUCUCAUACGUGGGCGGCACCCCGGUGGUUCACGUGGUGCUGAUAGCGAUGAAGAAGUUACCCCAUCGCGUCCUUUACCAGAAAGGCAGCGGGAGCCUCGCAGCGCUGAGGUAGAGCGCGAACGUGGAGUUUUCGACGGCUGUCUUCGUGCAUUGGCGCUUUCUAGAGGAGCUGACCCGCUACCGCUGCCACGGAAUCUCAGGGACCUUCAUUUUUCCUUCGGACGUGUCACCGUACACGAAGGCAACCUGACGGGCUUAUCGAGCGUCUACAGAAGUGGUGACUGCGCCUUAGUUGUUGGUGAAUGUGGCCUGUCACUCCGUCUAGACUUGGGUUUCGAAGAUAUCCUGGUCAAAGCUGAGGCAUAA